UGGGAGGAUCUCACUCCACUCCCCUGUGCACAGUCUUAGUAUUCAUCAGACCUUGAGGUGCUCCUAUUCAGACAAGGCUAAGAAGGCGUGUGAUGUUCUGUCUUAGUACUUGUACAGACAGGAGCGCGCUUAAACUACAUAGCUGGAGUACUCAUUGAGGGAAUGAGGAACUGCCUGGGACAUGAAAUCUCCUUAGCAAUGGACAAAUGAGUGCAUUCCAGGGAAUGAGAUUCAGCUGUUUGCGGGGACCGAACCAAAGCACAAAAUGAAUGAGGCAAUAAGAUGUACAUUGGUAAACUGCAUCUGUUUGGGAUUCAAACCUGGCAAAAUAAAUCCCCGUCAGUGCGAGCAGUGCAGACAUGGAUGGGUGGCACAUGCAUUGAGUAAGCUACGGAUCCCACACUUUUACCCCACCAGUCAAGUUGAAAUUGUUCAGUCCAGCGUAGUCUUUGAUAUCAGCAGCCUUAUGCUCUAUGGAACCCAAGCCAUUCCUAUUCGACUGAAAAUUCUGCUUGAUCGACUUUUCAGUGUCUUAAAGCAAGAAGAGGUCAUACAGAUCCUUCAUUCACUUGACUGGACACUCCAGGACUAUAUCCGGGGUUAUGUGCUUCAGGAUGCAUCUGGAAAAGUCUUGGAUCACUGGUCAAUAAUGACUGUUGAAGAAGAAUUAGCCACAUUGCAGCAGUUUCUUCGAUUUGGAGAAACAAAAUCUAUUGUAGAACUUAUGGCAAUCCAUGAGAAAGAGGGGUACUCUGUGCUUAUUCCUAGCACUCGGACAAAUUCUGACAUCAGAACAUUUAUCGAAAACAGCAACCCCAGGAGCAGUCCUAUUAUAGUACCUAACCCACUGGAGAAAUUGUCUCCACCUUCCAUGCAUCCAUUUGAGAACAUGAUCAAUAACAUGGCCUUCACAUUACCAUUUCAGUUUUUCAGCCCUGUGCCUCCCCCUCUUAUAGGCUCACCACCUGAAAGGCCACUUACUGAAAGAAGCCAGGAUAGAGGGAAUGAAAGCAAACAAGAUGCCCAUAUAUCAUUCUCUGAAAGCAGCUUCUUGACUUCUAGUUCUGCAUCAUUUAAUUUAGAAAAUGAGUCCAGCAUAAGUGCUCAGGAUGUCGUCACCAAAGCAGAAGAUGAUAGCCCAUUAAGCGAUACCAGUUCACACAACACCUUGACAAACUAUGAGAUGACUUCAGUCUCUCCUGAAAAUAAACUGAAGCAUGCUGAACGAAAUGGCAUUGGACCCAGAAAGGGCCGUGUAUUUUGCACUGCUUGUGAAAAGACCUUUUAUGACAAAGGAACAUUAAAGAUACAUUACAAUGCGGUGCACCUGAAGAUAAAACAUAGGUGUACUAUAGAGGGUUGUAAUAUGGUAUUUAGUUCACUACGUAGCCGAAAUCGUCAUAGUUCUAAUCCCAACCCACGACUUCAUAUGCCAAUGAAUAGAAAUAAUAGAGAUAAAGAUCUUAGGAAUGGACUUAUUAUCUCUGUAUCUGAGGAUCACAAAAGGAUGGGACUCAAAAGUCCUUGCUUAGAUAACAGAUCUUCUAAUAACUAUAUAACUCACAGCACUGACUCAAAGAUGCCAACAGGUCUGCCUAAUGUUGGACAGUCUUGUGUACUCAUUCCUAACUUGAAAACUGUUCAACCAGUUUUACCUUUCUACCGAUGUCCUGUUACUCCAGCUGAAAUUGCCAAUACUCCUGGCAUGCUUCCUUCUCUACCAGCCAUCUCUCCUUCUAUCAGUGAUAAGAUGGCUUCCGCAGAUGCGCUAUUGGAUAACAUGCCAAAAAAGAAAUCUCGAAAAUCCAGCAUGCCCAUCAAAAUCCAUAAAGAAUCUGUGGAUGCCCCAACAGAAAGCACAGAAAACAUGAGUUCUGAAGAGGACCUCUCUCCAAACAAAGAUGAUUCCUUUGUAUUUGAUAACUCUGAUAGGAAUGUACAAACUCCUGAUGAAAGUCCAGGUGGACCUGAGAGGGAUACUGUGCAUUCUUCAAUUACUUUCCACUCCCAAAAUGGAGAAGGACCAAAUUCUCACUCUAUGGAUAAAAGUUAUGACAAUACAUCUUCAGACUCUGAGAAUGAAUUUCAUCCCUUCACUCAAGAGCCGGCAUUGAGAGUGGAUUCCAGUGAAAAUAAAUAUGAACGCCCAACCCACUUUAAUGUUGUGAGGCAGCUGGCUGACCCUUCUCUGUAUAACAGAGAGCAGCCAAAACUCGCUGAUUCUGAGGACAGUAUUGAAUUUCGGCAUUUCCCUUUCAAUGGGGGCACUUUUGGUGCAAUAUCUAACAAGGGCCCUGGUUUAAGUGACUCUAUAAACCUAGAACGUGGAGAUCAGCACUUAGAUUUACCCAAGGAUGAAAAUCGUUUCCACUGUGAGAUUUGUAAGAAGGCCUUCAAAAACGCAUACAGUGUUAAAAUGCAUUACAAAAAUGUGCACCCAAAAGAAAUGCAUUUAUGUACAAUUGAUGGCUGCAAUGCUGCUUUCCCUUCCCGAAGGAGCAGAGACAGGCACAGUUCUAAUCUGAACCUUCAUCAUAAGCUUCUAACCAGAGAGGCUUUGGAACUACAAAACAACCCAUACAACAUCCCUUAUCUUUUGAAAGACAUGGUUAAGGAUCACUACCAGGAAUCCCCACUAAAAAACCUAGGACAGACAUCUGUGAUCUUCAAAGGAAUGAACCGGACAGGGAGUCUGGUUUAUCCCAUGAGUAAGAUCAGAGAGCCUUGUUUGGACAGCUUUGGUACGGAUCCUGUGAAUGACAGCGUUGUGUUGGAUUUAAGCACAACCUCAAGCAUCCAGUCGGCAAGCAGUUCACAUUCCUCCUGGGACUCAGAUGGCAGUAGUGAAGAAGGAAAAAGCAUGAUCUUGAAAGAACGAAACAAUGAUGCAUUUCAAAGUAGAGGAUGUGCAAACAGCUCCUUUUACUGAACCCCAAAAACACACAAAAUGGUCAAACCACUACUGUUAUGAUGCCAGCUGAACAAAAAAAAAGCGUUCACGUUUUUUGUAGACAGUAUUGAGCUGUGUAAGUAGUAACGUCAUUCUCUGAAUUUGUAAAGUUUUGAUACCAUGUCACUGUUUUGUUAUUCUGUAUGCUAUGCACUUGUAACUGGCAUUUUGUACUAAAAUGCUGCCUGUUCACUUUUGUUAUUAUAGAUAUUAUGUCCUAUUAUUAUUAUAUAAAUGUGUUUUUCUUUGUUUCAAUUGGAAAAGGCCGAUGGUUUCCAGAAGCAUGCCAUUGAUUCCACUUUGUAAAUAGUCAAAAGAUUCUCUUUCCUUCAUUCUGAGUAUUCCAGUAGGACUGGACUUGUGAAAUGUUGUCAUGUACUGUAAAUAUAUAUAUAUAGAGAAAAGAGAACCUAAUAGAUUUCAUUUGUUGCUAUUUGUAGCAGUAUUUCAGUUUUGUUGAUAUUUAACUUAUUGGGAAUGAGCCCAGUUGGUAUGCAAGUUCUUGCUAUGUAGCUGCAGUGGAAAUCCUUGUAAAAUGCAUCUAAACGGGGGGAAAAGUGUAGAGCAUCCUGCCCAGGAAUUGCUCAGUGUAUGAGGGAUAUCUCCAAGAUUAUGGUUUAAUAAAUCCUCACUCUUAGGGCUCAUGCACAUGACAGUAUGUACUCUGCGGUCCGCAAAACGCUGAUCCUCAAAAAAAAAAAAAAAAGGUGACGUCCAUGUUGCAUCUUUUUUUAUUUUUGCGGAUCCUUUGUAACAAUGCCUGUCCUUGUCCACAAAACCAACAAGAAUAGGAUUUGUUUUUCGGAAAGGACAUACGGACAAGGAAUACACGCAGAGUCAUUUCCGUUUUUUUCAAGCACCAUUGAAAUUAAUGGUUCCACAUACGGACCUGUAAAAAUAACGGAACGGAAACCAAAGAAAAAUGCGUUUGUGUGCAUGAGCCCUUACACAUCAGCGUUUAAUUAGAAGCUUUGUCAACAUGGGUUUACUUUUCAUGGAAGAGAACACAUUCUCAGAACAGCUCAUUCUUGUCCAUAGGCCGUAUCUACUGUAGUAAGCCCAUGCACAUGAAUACAACUGAACUGCAAUACCAGGCAUAGUCCGUGGACAAAAGUGGUUCAGUUUACUGAAAAUUGGCUGAAAGUUUUCUAAUGCAAGCCGGCAGGCUGAGACUGAUUAGUUUCAGUAGAUGCACUACCUGUUAUAUAUGUUUGUCAGGCAAUGCGUCCCUUGCAACCAGUCUACCUACGAUUUUUAAGGCUGAGUUUACACUUCAGUUAUUUGGUCAGCUAUUUCCAUCAGUUAUUGUGAGCAAAAACAUAGAACAGGUGCAGAUCUUUCCAUUAUACCUGAUCUCUGAGUAGGCUUCACUACUGGUUUUGGCUCACAAUAACUGAUGGAAAUAACUGGCCAAAUAACUGAAGUGUGAACUCAGCCUAAGCUACAUGCAUUUUUCAACCAUCUGUCUUGCGAUGAAGACCUUCAGAACCUCUAGAGGCAAUAAGACCUAAGUUGGAGUAGACCAGAUAUAUGUCGGACUGACCCUGAGCAGCAUGCGCUAAAGACAAUGGGGCUUAUUUUUGAAAAUCUAUGCAAAAAAUGUUGCCUAUAGCAACCAGAUUAUGGCUUUUUCACUGGUUUAAAAAGUGAAAGCUUUGAUUACCAUAGGAAACCCCUUUGCUUCUCAGUUUUCAAGAUAAGCCCCAACAUAGUUUUAGCAUGGAGACGUGUAGAUGCAUAUUAUUUCAGAUUGCCAGAUGUUCUCAUCAUUUCUCAUUCACAGAGGCACUGUGCUGCAUGAGGCUGUGUCUUGCUCCAGGUAUAACGUGAGGUUGUCCUAGAAAAUCUUUAGAUUUUGGGCAUAUUAGUAUCAUUCUCUCAUAGCUUGAUAAAUACACAUUUCAUACAGGCGAGUAUCUAAAUAAGGUAUUUCUCCUCAUUCAAGCCCCAUGCAGAAAACCCUAUCGGGUCUGCAAAUCGCAGAUCAGCCUUAUAUGGAUGCGCUCUGUGUUGCGUCCGCAUUUUGUGAACAAGUAUAGGACAUGUUCUACCUUUUUGCGGAACGGACGUAUGGAUGUGGAAAGCACAUGGAUCAUCUGUAUAUCCAUUCCACAAACAAAAUGGACAUCCACACAAUGGGUCCGCAAAUAAAAUGCGGACCGCACGCGAUCUGCAUCUAUAUUUUGAAGAAAGUGGAUACGGUUGUGUGCAUGGGGCUUAAAUAUAAAUCUUCUACUGGCCAAACCCCAAAACACCAUUAUUUGUUAAAACUCUAUUAAGCUUCAUUUUCUGUUGGAAAUAUUGAUGAUGCAAAUCUUGGUACGGCUAGCAUCUGAUGGACCAAGCAAACUGUAGUAGUUGUCUAAUUGACCUGAUACAGUAUAAAGGCUCAUGCACAGUCAGUUAUGCUUCUAGAGAAGAAUACUGUGCCGUACAGAAGCACAGUGUGCCUACAGCACUGAAAUAUGGAACUAUAGGGAUUCUGUGUCUCCCCUGCAUAACGGAAACGGGACGGAUCCGUUUUGCAGCCCAUAGAAUUCUAUUAUAACGGAAUGCCUCUAAAGGCAUUCCAUUAUGCAUUCCGUCAUAGAAUUGCGUUAUGGUCUGUGGUAACGGAAUCCAUAACUCAAUUCUGCUUUUACCACCAAACGAAGCGUGACCGAAUUUCAAAAUAUGAAAUUCGCUCAUCUAUAUUUGUAAUGUUGACAGGAGAUGGCCUUAAAAUAAACCGUAUUCUGUAUUUAAAGGUUACAAAUCCAAGUGGUCCACUUUUCUUCAUGGUUCUACCAAAGGCAAUUUCUCUUGUCUUUCAAAAUAUGUUGUUUUUUGCUAGUUAUUUAAAAUCAAGUGUUCCUAAUAGCUACAUUUGUAUACCCUAUGUACAUUUUUUUGUAUUAAUAAAUUUUGCUCACAUUGCACUGACUAGUUCCAUUAUUUAAUUUUUUUAAAUAGCAACAUUAUCUACAUAUAAAGGCCUGAUCAUAUCAAUUUGUUUUGUCAUGUAGUGUGCACCCAGAAAUGUCGGAUUGCUGAAAAAUUCGUCAUGCAGUUAAUGUCUCAGGCAGAUAUGUAAAUGAUUACAGGUAUGGUCUGAUUAGACACUGGGUCUUGCCACAAGAGGGCGUAAAAGGGCUUCCACUGGAUCGCCAGCUUCGGCAACCUUCCAGUGUGCAGGAUCUACAGGCCCAGCUGCAACACCUGUGGGCAAAUGUGCUGCAGGAUACCAUAAGGAACGUGUAUGCCUUCAUGACCAACCAUAUCUCAUCCUGUAUCCAGGCUAGAGGUGACCCAACAGGUACUGGAGCCUCCUUACAAUUGUACAGUUUUCCCCAAUAAAUGUAUCUUUUCGCUCUAAUAUUGUAAUCACUUACAUAUGUCAUCAUUACAUUCACACACAGGUUCAUGUGAUGCCAACAACUCCUUCUUGGUGCAUUAAUUUUUUUGUCAAAGAGAGUAUAUUACAUAUGUAUACAGUAGGGUCAAAUGUUUCUUUAUUACUUUUUGCUUCCCCCCCCCCCCCCCCCAUGAACAUUUUUUUUUUUUUAUGUAAGUGCUAUUGGUUUUCUUUUCAAGCAAAAUAACAUUAUUCCUGCAAAUUGUUAAAAAUGUAAUAUCUUAAUGUCAGUCUAGUUUCUCCACUUAUCAUUCUGAAAGGGGUUUCCAGGAAAAGCAUUGGUGCCCCAUCCUUGGGAUCAAGGUUGGCCCCUCACCUGCAGGACCAGGAACAGACGAGCUGCUGUGUCUGGAUAUACAAUCUGUGGUCCUUGGCGAAUAAUAGGGCUCAGUUACCUGUCAGUAUAUAAGUAAGCUAAAUCCAGAAUUCAGUUUUACAUAAAAUAUUCUAGCUUUUUGGAAUUGUCAUAAAAUCCAUUCAGUACAUGACAGCAAACUUCCUACGUCUUUCAGACUGCAACUCUGUGACUAAGCUACUUUCACACUCGCGUUUUGGGCGGUUCCGUCAUGGAUCUGUAAAAUCGGAUCCGUUACAAUAAUACAACCGCAUGCAUCCGUCAUGAACGGAUUAG